AUGGGGUGGGGGCGGCGGGUGGCGGCGGUGGCGGUGCUGGGGGCGGGCGGCGGGCUGGGCUGGGGGCUCUUCUGCUUGCUGACGCCGGACCGACAGCAGAGCCGCCGCCGCCGCCUCCUCUCGGAGCUGCCCGAGGGGAAUCCUCAGCGCCGGAGCGAGGCGACCGAGACCAAGAAGCUGCUGCUGGCGACGCUGCAGGAGGCGGCCGCGACCCAGGAGAACGUGGCUUACAGGAAGAACUGGAACCGGGGGGCCGCAGGGGGUCCUACGGGGGCCGCGUGAGCCCCCCUCCCCAUCCUCUCCCCCGUCCCGGGGGCUCCCGGCGGCCCUCCCCGGAUGAGAGCCGGGCCGGCGCCACGGGGCGCCCUUUCCCGGCGGCGGCUCUUCCGCCCGGCUCCCUCCCUCGGAAGGUGGGACGAGGGGGCGGGUGGAGGGCCGUGGAGGUCCUCGGACCCGUCAGUCGCCCCGUGGAUCGCAUCCGUCUCCCGAAGAGCCAAGAGGGACACGGCGUAUGGUGCCGAACGCCAUUUCAACGGUCUGCGUCACAGAGUGUGGGCGGAGAAGGGCCGGGAAGAGCCUAGGGGAGGGCACUGCUCAAAACCGGUAAUAAAACCGUGCCGUCCCUUCAGAUAA